AUGGUCGCCUUUGCAAACGACUCAGCUAUGACAGAUUCUAGCAAUGAUAAAAAACAAGAAUUCGAAAAUGCUUUAAACGAAGGAAAACGGGCAUUGGCGCUAAAUGAAUUUCAGGCUGCUGCUGACGACCUGAGCAAUGCUGCUCAACUCUCGGUUGAACUAUUUGGCGAACUAGACAAGGGUGUUUUCGAGCCCCAUUUUUAUUACGGGAAGGUUUUGUUAGAGUUGGAACGCGUCCAGAAAGGUAACUUGAUUACAGAAGCAAUUGGAGGUGAAGAUAAUAUCGAUGAAGAUACAGAUUCUGAAGAGCAGGAAGCUGAUUCGGGAACUGCAGUUAUUCGUACUUUCAGUGUAGUAGUCUACGUCUGUUAUUGUAUGUCGGAAAAUUUUUUAGAAAUUGCUGCAGUUGAGCAAAGUGGGGUUCACAGAGGAGAUACUUCGUUAAAAUCAGAAAAGCUCGUAGAGAGCGGUGAAAGUGAAAUAGUGGAAGGUAAGCAAACUGAAGAUGAAGGGCGCAAUGAAGAAGUCGAGAAAGGAAAACGCGCUGAAGAAGUAGACGAGCAGGCCGUUGAUGUAGGCGGAGGGGAAUGCAGCACUGCUAAUGCAGACAGUAACAACGGUGGUGCAGAGUAUGCAGAAAAGAAAGAGUUAGAAGAAGUUGUGGCGGAAGAUGAGGAGGAAGCUGGGGCUUUACAGUUAGCUUGGGAAGUUUUGGAGGUUGCAAGGGCUGUUUGCGAUCGGAAUAUAGAUGAUGAAGGUUGGAAGGAGAAAAAGGUUGAAGUUCUUCUGGUUUUGGCGCAGUGUUCCUUAGAAGGGGAAAAUUAUGCGCAAGCUGUAGAAGAUUUGGACGCUUGUAUUGAGCUCGCCCAGACCAUUUUUGAGCCGUUCGAUCGUCGCCUCGCGGAAGCUAAUUAUCAAGCUGGCCAAGCUUGUUGUCUUAGUGGGCAAUUUGGACCAGCUGCUAACUACUUUUUUAAAGCUAAAAAUGUUUUGCUGGCUAAAUGCAGUCAUUUGGAAGAAUUGGUUGUGAAUUUGAAAGGCGAGGAAGAAAAUGGAGUUAAAAAAGAGCUAGAGGAAUUAAAGGAGUUGGUCCCAGAAAUACAACUGAAGAUUGAAGAUUGUGAGGGGAGUGCAGAAGCAGAGAAGUUAAAAAGGGUUGCUAUGGAGAAGUUAGCUAGAGCUUUGGCAGGCGAGCAACCAGUUUGUAGUGGAAGCAAGUCGACGAAUAAACCUAUAGAUGAUAUUACUGAAUUGGUACGUAAGAAAGGACAAAAAAGAGGUAAUGAAAGCGAGGUUUCUGAUGCCGUUAAAAGAAACAAAACUGAUGACGUAUUUCGUAUGCAGAGAAAAAUUUUUGGUUUUAUUGGAUUUUGUGUCAUAUUGACAUUUGUUGAAUCGUGGAUUCAAGUAAUGCAGAUUAUAAUAUUCACAGGCCGAUUUAUACAGUGUUGUAAAGGGGUUUUGCACGUGGAAACGCUGAAGAAAUCAUGUUGUACCUAG